GUUGAUUUCGUCUUUAGCUCGUCGGUUUUAACCAUACAUCGGAAAUUUCGUCCAAAAUGAAGUCUUUUAUUGUGUUGGUUGUAAUUUUUUGUGCCAUUGGAUUGUCUGAGUGUAUGACAAAAGACCAACGGGUGGAACUGUUUGUGAAAAUGGCAAACGAGUGCGCUGCAAAGGAAGGUGCAUCAAGUGCUGAUGUGGAUGAAUUGGUUGUACAUAAACCAGCAAGUUCAAAGGGUGGAAAGUGCAUUAGAGCUUGCAUGGCAGAAAAUAUCGGAAUGAUUAAGGACAACCAUGUGGAUAUUGAUAGUGUCGCUAAUGUGGCCGCAAUGGCAUUUGAUGGAAAUCCUAGCAAAAUACAAGUGGCUAAAGAUCUGGCAAAUGAAUGUGCUGACGUUACGGAUGACGAUCGAUGUGAAGCUGCUGCUAAAAUUAUGGAAUGCGGUCAAAAUGCUGCCAAAACCAGAGGCAUCAUCACAUUCGAUGAUUUAUAAAAGACGCAGCGAUGUGCUAAAAUCAAGCUAAAUUUUGUCAAUAUUGUCUAAACAGAUUAUGAUUCAUUGUUAGUUUUAUUGAAUUAUACAUACUCAAACGGAAGUAUUCGAAU